AUGGAGAGAGUUAAGGAGGAUUUUAACACCAAAUAUGGUGGAGGGAAGGCUAAAACUGCUGGGGCUAAGAGCUUGAACAAAGAGUUUGAUGAGAAACUAAAGGAGCACAUGCAGUACUAUGUUGACCAUCCGGAGGAAGUAAGCAAGCUUGCAAAAGUGAAGGCUCAGGUUGCUGAAGUUAAGGGAGUGACGAUGGGAAGGGAGUUAUUGUCACUUUUCUAUCACUUGCUUUAUUAUUUGCAAGGCUAUGAAAAUGUGGCCACAAAGUUCCCAGCAAAUGCCCUUGUGCAUCGCCCCACAUUGCUUCAGUACAUAGUCUCAUCCAAGGUGUGUUCAUGGGAUAGGAUAAGUGGAGAUCAGCUAUGA